CGUUUAUUACUUAUCCAGGAACGCUUUUCAUGAAAAGCUUAGUUUUACUUAUUUUUUUAGAAGGCCAACGCAAAGCUCUAUUUGAAGAAUGUGAAGCAGAACGAAAAUCAAAUGCAGAUGAAAUUUUGAAAUUAAAAAAAGAACUUUCACAAAUGGUUAUAACUUUACACGAGGUUACAGGCACCGAAACAAAAUUUCUUGUUAAAGACAGAGUAUUGGAGGGUAUAAAUGGAUCACUAAUGGAGAAAAAUCCACAGGAAGUAAUGGAAAUGAUCGAUUUGCAAGUUAUAGAUAAAACCAAAAAGUUUGAUUUGUUGCGAUAUCGUACCAAACAGAGGAGAAAGUACUUAACAGAUCUGGCAAUAAAAUAUCAAAAACUAUUGAUUAAGCAAGACAAAAUAGAAGUGCAAACGAAAAUAGACCAACCAGUAAAAAAAGCUACCACUCAAUUACAAAACAAUAUACACGCUGUGGAUGUGCAAAUUCGAGAAGCUGUUCAUAUCAAACACAAGUAUUCAGAUAUUUACAAAUCUCUUAAAACGGAUUCUGAUAAUUUUGAGGGUAACAUUUCAAAAAUGGAAGAAGCGCUAGACCAACAGCGAAUAGAUAUAGAGAAGCUUCAAAGAGUUAUGGAUGAAGCCAGCCAAAUGAAAAGUUUGGCUCGCAGCAUCUUGCUUAAAGAAGAGAAGUCCGCUAACGAAGCUGCUCAAAAUAGGGAAAAAGAAGUGACUGAAGGCCGUAGAUUGGUUAAUGAACGCAAACUUGAGUUAGAAAGACUGGAAAAGAAAAUAUUUCAAGGGGGAAAACUUCCGGUUCGACCUGAACCCGAAGGUGCUGAGGAAAUACCCGACGAAGACAAAUGUCCAACUCCGCCACAUCCUUUCGACGUUAUUACACAUGCAUUUGAAGUUUUAAAACAGGCUACAGGUGGUACGAGUACAGAAGAAGUUUUUGAACGAUUUCAGUCUCAAAAAGAAACAGAUGAAAAAUUAAUGCAUUUGCGUGGAAAAGCCGAAGAUGAAAAGAAAAAACUGGAAAAGAAAAUGGAAGUUUUAAAUCGGAAAUUAGAUUCGUUUAAAUAUGCUGAGGCUAAAGAUGCAGAAAGGAAAACAGGCGAAAUGGAUAUCAUACAAUAUCAAAUUACAGAGAGUAUCGAGGAAUCUAAAAAAUGUGUUGAAAGGAAGAAAAAGAAAGAUAAAGCUAUUGAAAAUCUUUUAACGGACUUGCAAAAUCUGUAUUUAUGCAUAAAUCCUUUGGCUUUACCUGACACAGAGCCGCUAGUUACUUUAGAGAAAAUUAAAAGUAAUGUAAAAGCUAUUUUUGAAAAAAUUGGUUCCGAGGCUGAGAUCAAGAAAGAAGACGCAAAUGAAGAAAAGGAAGAAAUUUUUGAUCCUAGCGACGAAAAAUGGUUACCAACACCUUACGCAGGAUUGGUCAGAAGGACUCCUUUGCCUCAAACCGGAGUUUCACCAGCUCCCCCACCACCUCCAGGAUCAGAAGAUGAAGAAGAGGUACCUUCCCGAGGUUAUUUGAAACGUCAAGCACAGUUGGUUGUAGAUGCAAAAUUUAGAAGAAAAAAUGUUAGAAUACAGAUACCCCGAAGAAAUUAAUAUUUUUUCUAGAAUAAAUUGCCAAUUUCUAUUAUUUCCGUAAAAAUCGGAAGUAUAAACAUGGCAAUUAUAUUAUAACUUAUAAUAAUUGAUUUAUUUUUGAGAAAGUAUUUGUUCAAAACUUUUCAAAACAAAAAAAAAUUCAUUGCAAAAUCUUAAUGAGGAAAAUGAUAACGGGUGGAAUAUUUACCUAUAUAAAUAGGUAUACGUUACUGGUACAGUUUCGGUAGAUUUUAUAAGAAACUUUAAAGCUUAAAAAGACUAUUUAAAGGUGAUUUUCAUUCGCUUUUUUCUUCUUUUAACGAAUUAAUAGUAACAAGCUUAGAAUUAAUAUUAUCCAAUAUAGCAGCCAUUUUAACAGCUGACAGAAAAUGUUCCAUACACGUUUCUUAUCCAUUCUGCAUUAUUUAUCGCGGAAAAAGCAACAAUUAACUGAUAGCUAAAUACAUACGGUAUGGCCAGUGGCGUAGCCAAAAAAAUUUCAUGGGAGGGGUUUCUAUGAACAAAGUGAAUAAUUUCAAAUAAGAUUGUUUUUAUUAAAAAGAAGUAAAUAAAAAUAAAUAUUUUUUUAAUAAACGUUAAAAAGUUAAUAAAAACAAACCGUUAUUAGCGAUCAGCGCCAAUACGAUGGUGAAACAGUGGCGGGAAGUAUCUCCAUAGGGGGGAGGACUGACUCCUAAAACCCCCGUGGCUAUGCCACUGAGUAUGGUGCAAAAGAAAGGAAUAAAUUCAUUAUUUCGUAACUCGUUGAUUUCUGAAAAAAAAUUCUGUUCAACCUAACUACUUAAAUAUCAAUAUGCUUAAAAUCCCAUGCAUUUCUUAUGGGGCUAAUUUUACGCAUUCCAAUAUAGUAAAAUCAGAAUAAUGGUUGGCCAUGCCUGUCAAUUGUGAAACUUAACCACAGUUAUUUUUUUCCAUAUUGGUGUCGUUCUUAAAUGUCAAAUUAUUUAAAAAUGUUUGAUCCUUAGAGCUUAUAAGACUGAGAUAUCAUUCAAUGUAUUUUGUUAUGUAUAAGCGGGGUCAUCACUUUUGGCGUGAGGGGAGAGGGGUAGGUAAUCCAUUCUCAAUGGCGUACGGUUUGAAAGGGUUCGCAUUUAUGUUUACCACUGUAAUUUCACAAUAAAUAAUAAUUUAGAUAAUUAAUUUGCAUGAUUAAUAAACAAAUUUAAUAAACAAUGUUUUUUUUUCUAUUUAUGUUAAUCUUUCGUUAUACACUGUAUUGUAUACGUAUACAUGUUUAACUGGAAAUGGCUCUAUGUUCGUUUUGGAUUGAAAACUUUUUUUUUAUUGUAGAUAUAGGUUUUGAAACUGAAUGCUUUUGAAUGAAUUUGUGGUCACACAUUAUUUUCGUUUAGUUCAAGUAGAUCAUUUAGAAACUAAAAUAUUUUUUAUAUAGAGUAAUUAAAAGAAAAAUAAAAACAAAUAACAAUAAUUUACUUCUAGUAGUAAUAAUAUUAAAUGUACAUGUUUUAUAAUAAAAUAAUUAAUCUUUGUAAUCAAAACAUAGCUAUUUGUUGUGCCUAGAUUUAAUAUAUGUGUGCAGAAGUAAGCUAUUUAUAAAACAAAACAUGAAAUGAACAUUAAUGCUACCGAAUUCCCAUGAAAUUUAUUUAUUAUUUAUUUGUUUAGGUCAUCACUUAACGGUUAAAAACCAAUUACCUAUAGAAUAGGAUGAAUACAGAAAAAAAAACAUUUUAUUCGUGAGAUAUAUCAUACACAUUUUCAGGCAAAAAAUGUUCAGUUAUAUUUUACUGUCUAUAUUAGAGCACAAAACAUUUUAAAAUUAUCACACAAAACUUACAUAUAUACACAAUAGAUACUUUAUACACAUACAACAGAUAAAAUAAAAUACAGUAGGUACCUAACUAUUUGUAAUAGACAUAUUUAUUAACUUUAAAAGCAGAACACAAUAGGUUCUUUUGUUUCAACUGACUGAUUUUGUUGAAACUUACUGUCAACAUCAACAUGUCCAAUAUAUUUUUUGGCCAGUCCAUUCCACACUUUGCAUAAUUGCCAUUUCAUCCAUCAAAAGAUUUAAAAAACCUUCUGACUUUGUCCGCCUUUAAAUUUCAAUGCUCUUCAGUGAAUCCAGGAGAACCGUCAACAGCCUAAUACGACUUUGAUAAAGUACUGGGAUGUGGGAAACAAUUAUUAAAUUUUUCUCUCACAUAUGUCUUCAUACUGUAGAAGUUUAAAGUUAGUGCAAACGCCCUUAAUUUUGUUCUGGAAUGAUAUAUUGACCAAUUCCUGAGAUCCACUUUCAAGAGUAGCCUUUUUUUCCCCUGGGCUCGUCUGACUAUGUGUCUCCGAAUAACACUGAAGCCUAUUGCCUUAUUGUGUUUUACUUCAUGUUAGUUCAUAGCACCCACUCUGUCACCUUUGUACCUUGUACAAGUUUGUACAGAUCGUUGGGUGAGUGGGUUCUAUACGUUGUUGGAUCAACCUGGGGUUGUCCAAAAAGAGCCUGUCUUUUGCGAUCUAGAGCUUCGCAUUCGCACAGUAUGUGUUUGGCCGUUUCUGGUUUCUUGUGACAUAGUCUGCACAUGAGUUCCCCAUUGUACAUGCCAAUUUUGUUCAAGUGUCCCUUUACUGGGGCGUGCCCAGUCAUGAACCCUGUUAUCACUUUCAACUGGUUCCUAUUCAUUAAGAGUAGUUCUCCAGUUCUUUUGGGACAUGGUCUGCCUAUGAAGGCUUUCCCAUGUGCCUGUUUUGGGGUGCUUUCCCAAUAGUUGAUGUGUUGUUCCCGAAUCCAGUCGUUUAUGAAACCCCGGACUGUACUUUUUGGUACUCCUGGGUUUGUGUCUGGUUCCGGUGUUUCUUCUGGCCCUCUUUUUGCAAGUUCGUCAACCUUUUCGUUGCCUUCGAUCUCUUUGGUGACCUAACACCCAAAAUAGUUUUACUCUAUUUCGGUCUGCCAGUGUUCUUAGUUCUUCGAUGCAUUCCCAUACCAGCCUCGACGUAACUUUCUGACUCGCUAUGGCCUUAAGUGCAGCUUAGCUGUCUGACAUUAUUUGAAUAUGCUCAUUUUCGACAGCUCUUUCAUUGUUCGUUUUUGCACAUUGCAAAAUUGCGUAUACCUCGGCCUGAAAUACCGAGGAAUGUAUUCCUAUAGCAUAGCUAUGGUUAGUAUCAGGGUUUUUGGAGAAUACUCCUGCCCCAGUGCCUUCCGCAGUCUUAGACCCGUCUGUAUACCAGGUUUGUUCCUGUCGUUGGGCAUUGGGCUCCCUUAUGGUGAUCUCCGCUCUUUCCUGUAUUAAAACCUCAAAUGGAGUAUUAAUAGAGUACCUCUUGGUUAUGUGGUCUGAUCUCAUGUCUAGCACGUCUCCUGUCACUAACCUUGAGAUACGCAUGUGACCUGGCCUAAUGUCAAGAUUUCCCAGUGUAUUCCCUAAUCUGUAAGCACCUAAUCUUGUCUCCCCUUGUAUCACAUAGUGAAGAGGUGGGAGUCCUAUUGCAGCAGUGGGGGUUGUUUUCAUUGUCCCCGUUAUUCCGAGGCAGGCAAGUCUUUGUACCUUGCUUAGCCUUGUUAUUGCUUUCCUUUGCUGUGUCUUUGGCCACCACACCAAAGCUGCGUAUGUUAUUAUCACCAUGUUAUAAAGCCAAUAUACCAUGUCUGGUUUUAACCCCCAUUUUUUUCCAAAGGAUCGCCUUGCCAUCAUUAACGAGGUUUCCGCUCUCCUUGUGGUUCUUUCUAGAUGCUAGUUCCAGGUAAGUAUCGAGUCAAUCAUAACCCCGAAAUAUUGUACCUCCCCCUUAAGCUGGAUGCUUGCACCUCUUAGGUUUAGAGGCCCUAGUCCCUCCAAUUUCCUCCUGCGUGUGAAUGCAAUUAUGUCAGAUUUGUUUGGGCUAAUGUUUAGUCCUUCCGCCUCUGUCCAUUUUGUUACUAUAUUUAGAGCCUUUUGCAUUCGAUCUCUUACUAUAGUGUUGUAUUUUCCCUGUGCCAUGAUCACUAGAUCAUCGGCAUAUCCCAGGGUUCUAUGUCCCUUAUCUUUGAGAGCCCUAAGCAGCCCGUCCACUACAAGGUUCCACAGGAGUGGAGACAGCACUCCACCCUGCGGACAUCCUUUCGCUAUCCGUGCCGCUAUUGUCUCUCCCAUAAGGGUUGUGUGUAUAGUUCUCUCCCUUAACAUAGAGUCGAUCCAGGACUCGCAUGUGUCCUCGAUUCCUCUGUGUUUGAGAGAGUAGCCUAAUAAAUAAACUAAUUUGAUCUAAAAUAUCAUAUAUAAAUAAAAUGUUUC